AAAAAGCUAUGAUUAUUUUAUGCUGAUCCGCCCAUUAAAAGGGGAAGCCUGUCCUUAGUUUGAUAACAUUAGAAUGCUUUACGCUUUUGACACGCUAUGGUCAGUUUCGAGCACCCUUACUAUAAAGUUAACAAACGUUUUCUAAGGCUGAUAGGACAAUGGCCUUAUCAGAAUUCAUAUGAACGUUUUUUCCGUAGGUGCUUUGUGAAUUUCAUAUUUAUUACUUUUGGUAUUACACAGGUAUAUCAUAGAUUUAAAAUAAACUUGUGUGUGUGUGUGUGUGUGAAUGUGUGCAUGUACAUAGCGUUGAUUUAUACCUGUAAAGGAGACAUCGAUGUGAUACUUCAAAGUGUACCAUUUAUAUGUGUUUUUAUAGCUAUGAUAAAGGAUCUUUUGAAAAAUAUGCUAAACAAUUGGCAAAUAUGGGAAACUCGAGAAGAAUUGAAUAUCAUGCAUGAAUUUGCAGUAGAAGGGAGAUUCUUUACGUUGCUUUACAUAUCAUAUAUUUACACGUGUAUGGUUUUGUUUUUAACAAUGCCACUUUUUCCUCGCUUCAUGGAUAUCUUGAUACCUUUGAACGAGUCUCGCCCUUUGAGAGCUACUGUUAAAAGUUAUUAUUUUGUCGACGAACAGAAGUAUUUUUAUUAUAUUCAUUGUCACAUGAGUAUUGAAAUUACAGUUGGAAUUACUGUAUUAGUUGCUACGGAUAGUCAAUUUUUGACUUUUAAUUCACACAUAUGCGGUUUAUUUUCUGCAGUAGGAUUUCGUCUAGAACAUUUGUUGAACGAUCGGCUCCAGUCUCAAGUUUUAUUGGAUCAUCAUCAAAUUAGAAAAAUGUAUUUCGAUAACAUUGUACAUUCUAUUAAAAAUCAUAAAAGAGCAUUAGAGUUUGCAAAACUUAUUGAAUCUUCUUAUUCGGUAUCUUUUCUAAUGCAGGCUUUUAUGGGAUUGAUAUGUUUAAGUGUUUCUAUGUUUCAAAUAUUAAUAUUGUUGGAUAAAAAAGCAGAAGCAUUUACAUUUUUAAUUUUUGCAUGUGCUCAGUUUACUCAUCUUUUAUGUAUAUGUUAUCCUGGUCAAAGAAUGAUAGAUUACAGUACUGCAAUAUUUUUUAAAGCAUAUAGUGGAUUAUGGUAUGAGGCACCAACUGAAAUUCAUAGAUUAUUAUUAUUAGUAAUACGAAGAAGUUUAGAACCUUGUUGCCUGACUGCUGGAAAAACAUUCAUAUUUUGUUUAGAAACUUUUGCGAAGAAUGAAUCGUGUCGUUGGCGUGACAUGGACAUCUUCGAGGGUGGCUUGUAUAAUUUUAACUAUCGUAUAUUAUCUUUUAUUGGAUUAUGGCCUUAUCAAAAAUCUCGUUCAUAUCGUUUUUAUAUAUCUAAUAUAAUGUUAUUGGUCUUUAAUUUACCUCAGUCUUUAAAAUUAUGGACUUCAAGAGGAGAUUUCAAAAUUAUAUUAAGAGUUAUUCCUUUUUGGAGUACUGCAAUGAAUAUGAUUAUUAAAUAUUAUACGUGUCAAUUAGGGUUGUGUAAUAUAAGAGCAUUAUUAAAUAAUAUUAUUAUAGAUUGGCAAAUGUGGAAUUCGAAAGAAGAAAUAGAUAUUAUAAAGAAGUAUGCAAAGGAAGGACGGUCGAAUACUUUAUUAUACGCAGGAUUUGUAUAUUUUAUCUCGAUAGCAUAUUUGGGAUUUGCUUUUGUGCCACGUUUGAUGGAUGUAAUUAAACCUUUAAAUGAAUCUCGUCUUUUGAAACUACCCAUUUUGUCCGAAUACUUUCUCGAUCAAGAGGAACAUUUUUAUCUACUUUAUGCCUUAAACUUUUGUUCACUAUUAUUCGCUGUUACAAUUUUAAUAGCUGUCGAUACUCAACUUAUGAUCCUUACUUGCCACGUUUGCAGUAUAUUUACGGUAGUAGGAUAUCGUCUGGAACAUUUUCUAAAGGAUGCUCAUACAAUGGACAAUUGGAGUAAUCAUCGACGUAAGAAAUAUAUUAAAAAUCUCGUGCUUUCCAUUAAUGGUCACAAAAGGGCUAUAGAGUUUGCCAAUUGUAUCGAAUCUUCUUUUUCAUAUUCUUUGCUGAUGCAAUGCGGUUUCAACAUUAUUUGUAUGGCCAUUUCUUUAUAUCAAAUAACGGAAGAAAUAACCGAUCAAUUGGAUGAACUUUUACAAUAUACUGGCUUUAUAAUUGUUCAACUAUUUCACAUAUUUUGUUCUUGUUAUGUUGGACAAAUGAUGAUAGAUCAUAGUAUUAAUAUAGGCGAAAAGGCAUACAAUUCAAUGUGGUACGAAGCACCAAUGGAAAUAAAUAAAUUACUAUUAUUAAUAAUGAGAAAAAGUAUCGAACCUUCGAAUUUGACUGCUGGAAAAAUCUUUAUAUUUUGCAUCAAAAGUUUUUCAUCGGUAAUUUUACUUAACUUCGUCAAUUAUCUUACAUACAUCAAUCUCAUACUUCAUGGUACUAUCGUCAAAUGUUUUACAACAUCAUACGGAGAUAUGGAUAUUUUUCAACGUUAUUUCUAUAAGCUUAAUUAUCAAUUAUUAUCCUUAGUAGGUUUAUGGCCAUAUCAGGAUAAUAAAUCACGUUUAUUUCGUGUAUACUUUCUAAAUAUCGCAGUAAUGUCUUUCAAUAUAACUCAGAUAUUUCAAUUGUAUACUUCUAAAGGUAAUUUUGAUAUAAUUAUUGAAGUUGUACCAACCAUGGCAACAAUGACUAACAUGGCAAUCAAAUAUUAUACCUAUUACAUUGGUAUGUUCAAUAUAAGAAAACUUUUGGAUAAGAUGAUAGUAGAUUGGAAGAUAUGGAAUUCCAAGGAAGAAAUAGAAAUAUUGAAGAAAUAUGCUGAAGAGGGUCGUCUUUAUACUCUGGCAUACACCUUAUACAUAUACAUCAGUACUGCAUUAUUUUUAUCGAUAUCAUUUUUACCAUUUCUUCUGGAUGUUGUUUUACCAUUAAACGAAUCUCGUCCUUUGCAACCAAUCGUCUUGGGAGAAUAUUUUAUCGAUCAGCAAAAACAUUUUUAUUUAAUCUUCUGUCACAUGGCUUUUACAAUUUUAAUCGCUAUGACAAUUAUUAUAGCAACAGAUACUCAAUUCUUCGUUUUUACUUGUCAUGCUUGUGGAGUUUUUUCAAUAGUCGGAUUUCGUUUGGAACGAUUAAUGAAAGAUGAUAAUACUAUGAAGAAAUAUUUCGAUGAACGAAGAUAUUUCAAACACGUUGUACUAUCCAUCAAAGGCCAUAGCAGAGCUAUAGAGUUAGUAAUGAAAACAUUACUGGACAUAUCCACGGAAAUGUUCAAAUACAUUGCAUUUUUGGCUGCACAAUUGUUUCAUAUAUUUUGUAUUUGUUAUUGUGGACAAAGGAUUAUAGAUCAUAGCAGUGAAACUUUAUUAAAAGCAUACAAUGGUUUAUGGUACGAAGCACCGAUAGAAAUUAGAAAAUUAUUACUCUUGGUGAUAAGACGAAGCAUUGAACCUACUCGAUUGACUGGUGGAAAAGUAUUUGUCUUUUGUCUAAAAGGUUUUUCAACGUUUUUUAAAAUAUGUACUUCCAACGGAAACUUUGAUAUACUGAAAGAAGUUAUACCGAUUUUAAUGGCAUCAUUAGCUGCCUCUAUUAAAUAUUAUUUCUUUGAUCUUGGUAUAUUCGAUAUUAAAUUACUUAUGGAUAAUAUGAUCAAAGAUUGGGAUAUGUGGAAGUCCAAGGAAGAAAUUAAAAUCAUGGAGAAGUUUGCUCAUUUAGGAAGAAUGUAUACUAUUGGAUAUACAGUAUACAUAUUCAUCAUUGCAUCACUUUUUCUUUUGGUGACAUUCAUACCACCCUUAAUGGAUAUAAUUAUACCUUUAAACGAGAGUCGUCCUAUGGAAUUACCCGUCUAUGCCGAAUACUUUGUUAACAAUGAGGAUUAUUUUUACUUGUUUUAUUUUCACAUAUCCCUUUCGAUAAUGAUCAAUGUUACGUCUUUAGUUGCCACUGAUACCCAACUUAUGGUUUUUUGUUGUCACGUUAGUGGUGUAUUUGCAGUCAUAGGUUUUCGUUUGGAAAAUUUCUUGGAAAAGGACACAGAUCUACGUGGAUUGACAGAUCUUCAAAGGAAAGAAUGUUAUAAACAUGUUUCCCUAUCUAUUAAAGGACACAAAAGAGCUUUAGAGUUCGUCAAGCGCAUGGAAUCAUCAUUUUCGUAUUCUUUACUAUUGCAAUGCGGCUUGAACAUUAUUUGUAUGAGCAUGUGUCUGUAUCAAAUAGUAGUAUUGUACGGUCAAUCCAUAGAAAUAGUUAAAUUUAUUGCAUUUGUCGUUGAAUCUGAAAUGAAUGAAGAAAUUAUUUCUUGUAUUUAUAGUUACAGUGGUUUCUGGUACGAGGCACCUAUUGAAGUACGUAAAUUACUAAUAUUGAUAAUGAGAAGAAGUCUUGAACCUUCUCGGCUAACUGCUGGAAAAAUAUUUACCUACUGUCUGGAUGGUUUUUCAACUGUAAGCUAAAUUUAGUAUAACAAAUGUAUAUAUUCAUAUAAUCUUUUUAACUGAUUUUAAAAUAUUCUUUAAGAUUCUGCGAACUUCUAGUUCAUACUUCAUGGUACUUUCAUCGGUCAAAUAAUUAACUAUUGAUAUUUAUAUAUAAGCUAUUUAUUAGUUAUUAAAAUAUUUAAAAAGCAAUUUCAAGUGAUUAUCAAUUGUCAAUUGUCAUCCAUGACAUUUAUGUGUAUAUGUUCAUAAUUUACAAAAUGGUAGAUUAUUGCUCAACCUCUAAUUCAAGAAUUUGUGAUAAAAAUGACGAGAAAAAUGAUUAUAAAAGUUCUAUGAAUACAUCUGUGAUUAUGAAUCAAUUGUUAAAAAAACAAGAUCAAAUUUUGUCACCCGAGGAAAUAACAUCUGAUGCUUUGACAAGGUGUUACGAUUUACUGAAUAAAAAACAAUUGUUCUUUAAAUCCUGAUGAAUAAGAAUGGUUCAUUGCAAUUCUUUUUAAGAAAAUUUUUCUCCUUCUUCUUCUUCUUCUUCUCAGGACUUCGUCCUGUUAUCCUAAACUAAACUCCCCUUUAUCUGGGGCUUGGAACAUUUAAGAGAAUUAAUCUUAUUAAUAAUUUAUAUAAAUA